UGAGGAGCGCACACUCGUGGGGCCGAGCGGGCACAAGCGCACCUGGAGGGGCACCAGGGCUGGCGAGAGAGUCAGGGGCUCUCUAGCCACCGGCAUCGUGCCACGGGCAGGUCGCCUUUCACGAAAUCCUGAAGGGGGUGGGUGCCCCUAGGCCGUAUGGUGCCACUAGCAGCUCCCGCACACCUCCACUGCAGGGCAUUACGCCGGGAGUCUCCUGCUGGCUGCGGGCCGUGCUAGGGUCUUGGAAAUGCAGGAAAUGAUGUAACUAAAAUUCAAGCCGAAGCUUUGUUGUGCUAAACUAGUUGGACGAGUUAGGGUGUCGCUGCUCCCGAUUGCUCUGGCCAAUGGAACCCGAUCCACCCUGCUGUGCGUAAGAGCGCAAUUAAGGAUUUAACCAAGCCUAUGCUGCGCCCCAGCCAGCAGUCUGCCGGAGACAGACACCGCGCCGCAGCCUCCUCCCCCAGACAUGUCUGCUUAGAGCCGAGCAGCCCCGCCGCCAGCCCCAGCCCGCCGAGGCUCCGAGCUAUGACAGGAGUAUUUGACAGAAGGGUCCCCAACAUCCGAUCCGGCGACUUCCAAGCUCCUUUCCAGACGGCUGCAGCCAUGCACCACCCGUCCCAGGAAUCUCCCACUUUACCCGAGUCCUCUGCUACGGAUUCCGACUACUACAGCCCGGCGGGGGGAGCCCCGCACGGCUACUGCUCGCCUACCUCGGCUUCCUACGGCAAAGCGCUGGGGGCGCUCAACCCCUACCAGUAUCAGUACCACGGCAUGAACGGAUCUGCCGGGAACUAUCCUGCCAAAGCCUAUGCAGACUACAGCUACGCCAGCCCCUACCACCAGUACAGCGGGGCUUACAACCGGGUCCAGAGCUCCUUCCUCUUUUCUCCUCUCCUCCCGCCCCACUCCCAGGUGAAAAUCUGGUUUCAGAAUAAAAGAUCCAAGAUCAAGAAGAUCAUGAAAAACGGGGAGAUGCCUCCGGAGCACAGCCCCAGCUCCAGCGACCCCAUGGCCUGCAACUCUCCACAGUCACCUGCGGUUUGGGAAUCUCAGGGCUCGUCCCGCUCCCUCAGCCACCAUGCCCACGCACACGCUCACCCUCCAAACUCCAACCCGUCCCCUGCAUCCAGCUACCUGGAGAGCUCCACUUCCUGGUACCCCGCUGCCAACUCCAUCAACUCCCACCUCCAACCCCACGGCUCCCUACAGCACCCGUUAGCGCUGGCCUCUGGGACGAUUUAUUAGAGCCUGACCCUAUUAUUUUAUUUUAUUUUUUUUGUUGUUCCUUGGACUCCUGUGUUUUACUGUUAAGGAAUAAUAACGAAAAGAAUGCAUAUGGGGAACUUUUUAAAGGGAAAAGAAACAAUCAAAAAGAUUAAAAUGUGUAAAGCUUGUGCAUGUAACUUAUUGCAUUUCAAAGGAAACCCUUUUUUAUACAAUACGGACAUUUUUUGGCUCAGCUGUGGACACUAUCAUUGGUGCCUUGAAAUCUAUGACCUCAACUUUUCCAGAGACUUUUUUCAAUGUUAUUUUAACCCUGUAAAUAAUUGUAGAUAGAGGAAUUAAACUGUA